CAGAUUUGUUGCAAAGAUAAAAAAACGAAAACACUUAAUGCUUAAGAGACUUGACGAAAGUAUAAAUGAAAUAAAAGCCAGGCUAGAGCGAUUAGAAAAGCAAUAUGAUAAAAAAGAGAAUGAUCUCUUUGCACAAGUGAUGGAU